UUGACCAAAAGCGGGGCAUUAUUGUUGAACUAGAAGGGGUAUCGCAGCGCAGACACAUUUGGUUAUUGUAUACGCGCGGAUAUGGCUCCGCAAUACGCACCGAGUCUCCGUUCUCGCAUGCCGCCACUGCUCUUGUUCCUACAGACUGGAUUCAUCGUAAUAUUUUUUUGUAAGGUUGACAUGGAACAAUAUUUAGAAAUUAAACAACAAGUGUUCAGAAACCACUAUUCAGAAUUCCAGGAUGUUAAUGGGAUGGUGAUUCUGGGUUUUGGCUUUCUGGGCACAUUUCUGGUGCGGUCCAGUUUCAGUGCCAUAGGAUUUAACCUCCUUGUUGCAGCCAUGGCUGUCCAGUGGGCAGUUAUCCUUAAUGGGUUGGAGUCUUUGUAUUACAGAGGAAAGAUAUGGAUAAAUAUGAGGAGCUUGGUUGUUGCAGAGAUGUGCACAGCUUCCUCCCUAAUUGCCAUAGGUGCAGUCUUUGGGAGGACCAAUCCUGUUCAUCUCCUUCUCAUUGCCCUGAUGGAGGUUUCAGGCUUUGUGUUGAAUGGUUGGCUACUCCAAACAUUCCUACAGGUGCGGUUUCUGAAUUCCAUAAUGCUGCUCCACAUCUUUGGGGCCUUCUUUGGACUGAUGUUGUCAUGGGUCCUCUCCCGAAAGGGAUCCGAACAAUAUCACGAGAAAGAGAAAAUUGACCGCAAGACAGGUCUGUUCUCCAUUAUGGGGACUCUGUUCCUGUGGAUGUUCUGGCCCAGUUUUAACUCAGUCCUGGUAGAGUUAGAUCACCCUGACAGGGGAAGGAAACUGAUGGCUGUCUACAGCACCUACCUGAGUCUGGCAGUCAGUGCGGUCACAGCUGCUGGCUUUUCAGUUCUCACCAGUCCCCAGGGGAAACUCAACCUGUUUCACAUCCAGAGAUGUACUCUUGCUGGUGGUGUUGCAAUUGGGGUUGCCAUGUCAGCUGCUCAUCCGCCAUGGGUCGCCAUGGUGACUGGGUUUGCAGCUGCACUGAUAUCAACCUUGGGAUCUCGAUUCAUUAAGCCAAUGCUACGUUUUGCAUUUGAGUGCCACGACACCUGCGGAGUCCUUGGUGUUCAUGGUCUGCCUGGGAUCCUGGGGUGGAUGGUUCAUCUUCUCCUACAGAUCACCAACUCCGAUGAUCUCACAACGGCUGGUCGAUUUGCUUUGUUCCACAUUUGCGCCCUCCUUAUCACCCUGUGUCUAAGCAUGGUUCUAGGACUGAUAACAGGCAUCCUUCUGAAAUGGAAUUUCUGGAAGCCACUUCAGGACAAAAAAUGUUUUGAUGACCAGGCCUUCUGGGAGUUUCCCCACCUAGCAGUAGUAAAGUGAGAGGCAGGAAGAAAAGGAGGAAGAAUAUAAAGUUUCAAGAGCAACACAUAAUUACAAACUAUACCAUUUCUUUGUGUUUCUUAGAAUGUGAAAGUUGCACUAUAAUGUGCAAUUUUUUUUUCAAAAAAUUUUGAAUAAAGACUCAUCUCACACUUG